CCACGUCACCGGCAACGAUACAUUCGGGAGUGAGUUAAAUGCCUCCUUCCCUUUCUUAGUUUCUUUGAGCUUUGUGUGAAUUCCCGUUCUUUUUGAUGAUUUUUGCUCGAGUUGGUGCCGGAUUUUGGCUUAAGACGGUGAUCGAGAGCAAGUGUUGGCGGAAAUUGCGACGUUUGGGGGGUUUUCAAUCAUGCCAAAGGGUCUUUAAUUUGCACCUCAAAACCCAGAAAAGUAUCCGAGGGCCGAAUAUAUCAGCUCCGUUAUAAACCUUCCUCAAACGAGAUGUUAUAAUCUCCAUAGAGAGGAAACAAAACGGUGGCGUUAUAAACCCGCGGGCCACAUGAUCCCUCCCCCCGUCAUCAGCUUCGUUAUCCCCCAAGCCUCGCUCCACGCCCUUCGAGCCUUUCGUCUUGCCAUGAACAGUACCCCGGUGCACCGAUCAAACAGCUGAUGGAUUUGCUCUUCCUUCCUGCUUCCUUCUCUCAUACGAAUCUCGCCGCGAAGCCCUGCCUCCUCGUCCCUCGCGCAUCCCAUAAGGUCCCGCCGGAAUCCGCCGCCACCCGGCUGCCCUCCCCCGCCGUCCGCCGCCCCCUCGACCCCUCGCGUCAACCACCCCCCACCGCACCGACCCCCUCGAUCCCCGCAGUCCCUCCCCCUGCCCCGCUUAACCCCCCUAAACCCUCCGCUGUCAACCCCCUAUCCCCCAAACUCUGGCUCUCCAGUAAGCUUUCCCCCCCACCGCCUCCACCUCCACUGCCUCCCUCUCCGGUGGAAGCCUAUGCACCCGAAUCCAAUGUCGAAGAUCCUCCCUCAGUUGCUUCUGAUCCUGGUUCCACGACCGAGGCCUCUGAAUUCCGAGUGAAAGGUAAGAUCUUUGUCGGAAAUAUUCCAAAGUGGAUCAGGAAGAAUGAGAUCGCUGAGUUCUUCCGGCAAUUCGGACCAUUGAAGAAAGUCGAGCUGAUUAGGGACCACGAUGACCCCGAGCGCAAUGUUGGGUAUUGCUUCCUGUUAUAUGGCGGCCCCACUGCGGAAGACUCGGCGGCCAGGGCGGUGGAGUUCGACGGAGUGGAGUUCCAUGGAAGAGUCUUGACGGUAAGGUUGGAUGAUGGCGGUCAAGUGAGGGCAAGGAAGGAGGAGAAGGCGAGGUGGGUGGCAGGGACCAACGGAAGGGAGUACAGGUCAAAGUGGCAUGAGGAGAGGGGGAAUGCUAGCGUCAGGUUUAUGAAGGUUUUGGACACUAAGCCAGAGGAUUGGCAGGCGGUGGUGUCGGCAUUUGAUAAAAUACCAAAGCCCUCUUUAGGAGAUUACCGUUUGAUGGUGAAGUACUAUGCAAGAAGGGGUGAUAAGCAUCAUGCACGAGCAACUUUUGAGAGCAUGAGAGCCAGAGGAAUUGAACCAGAUGAACGCAUCUUUACAAGCCUUGUUCACGCUUAUGCAGUUGCCAGAGAUAUGCAAGGGGCAUUAUCUUGCGUGGGUGAAAUGAAGACUGAGGGCAUUGAGUUGACUGUGGCAACAUACAGUAUCCUUAUAGCUGGUUUUGCCAAAGUCAAUGCUGUUGAAUCUGCAGAUAACUUCUUUAUAGAGGCAAAGCAGAAACUUGCGUCCCUGAAUGCCAUCAUAUAUAGCAACAUUAUUUAUGCUCAUUGUCAAAGUGGCAAUAUGGCUCGAGCUGAAGUUUUGGUUCGAGAAAUGGAAGAACAAGGAAUUGAUGCUCCUAUUAACAUAUACCACACUAUGAUGGAUGGUUAUACCAAUAUUCGGGAUGAGAAAAAAUGUUUGAUUGUAUUUGAAAGGCUUAAGGAAUGUGGAUUUGCACCUUCAGUCAUCAGUUAUGGAUGCCUUAUUAACCUGUACAUUAAGAUUGGGAAAGUUUCCAAGGCCCUUGAAGUUAGCAGAACAAUGGAGUUGAGUGGAAUAAAGCAUAACCACAAGACCUACUCAAUGUUGAUCAAUGGCUUCAUCCGAUUGAAUGACUUUGCUAAUGCUUUCGGCAUUUUCGAGGAAAUGCUAAAAUUGGGGCUGAAACCUGAUGUCGUUCUCUAUAAUAACAUUGUAUGUGCAUUCAGUAAGAUGGGUAAUACUGACCGAGCCAUUCAGAUUGUUCAUGAAAUGCAGAAAGGAAAGCAUCGGCCUUCCACUCGCACAUUUUUGCCUAUCAUAGAUGCCUUUGCAGCAGCUGGUGAAAUGAAAAGAGCUUUGGAAAUUUUUGAGUUAAUGAGGCGAAGUGGUUGUGUGCCAACUGUAGAAGUUUACAAUGUUCUUAUUCACGGCCUUGUUCAGAAGCAUAAGAUGGAGAAAGCUGUUGAAGUUAUCGAUAAGAUGUCUUUAGCUGGCAUAAAGCCAAGUAAGCAUACCUACACGACAAUCAUGCAAGGCUAUGCUACUGAUGGUGAUAUUGGUAAAGCUUUCGAGUAUUUUACCAAAAUCAAAGAAGCAGGUUUAGAGCUAGAUGUUUUCAUUUAUGAAGCACUUCUCAAGGCAUGCUGCAAAUCUGGAAGAAUGCAGAGUGCUCUUGCAGUCACAAGAGAAAUGAGUGCUCAAAAGAUAGCGAGGAACUCAUUUGUCUACAAUAUAUUAAUUGACGGAUGGGCCCGAAGAGGGGAUGUUUGGGAAGCUGAUGAUCUGUUGCAACAGAUGAAACAAGAUGGAGUUCCUCCUGACAUUCAUACAUACACUUCCUUAAUAAAUGCAUGCUGCAAGGCUGGUCAUAUGCCGAGAGCAUCAAAAGUGAUUGAAGAGAUGGAGGCCGCUGGAGUGAGGCCUAAUAUUAAAACAUACACCACACUGAUCAGAGGUUGGGCACGGGCUUCACUUCCUGAAAAAGCCAUAGAAUGCUUUGAAGAGAUGAAAUUGGCAGGUGUAAAGCCUGACAGGGCAGCAUACCAUUGCCUUGUAACUUCUCUGCUGUCAAGGGCAACCGUUGCUGAAGACUACUUAUUCUCGGGAAUUUUGCGUGUUUGUAAAGAAAUGGUAGAAAAUGAUCUCACAGUCGAUCUAGACACUGCUAUUCACUGGUCCAAGUGUUUGCGCAAGAUCGAGAGAACCGGAGGUGAACUUACAGAAGCAUUGCAGAGAACUUUCCCUCCUAGUUGGACUUCACAUGAGACCCCCGAGACUUGUGAUUAAGUGAGCAACUUCUGCACCAUACUUGUUCUGGCGUCGGCAUCGGUGAAAAUGCCCAUGUUGAUAGUCCAGUAGCGGAACAUUUGCAGCGACUGGAGUAGGAGUAGCCCAGAUGCUUUUGAUCCGCAUAAACAUGCGGCCGGACAAAUUUAUGGAGCAUAAUCAAGCUUUCGGCAAGAGCCAUUUACGGAGCUUAAGCUAGAAGUAAGCUCUCUUUAAAUCUCCUGUUAUCAUAUCUUUCAUGUAUGUUUUUUAUCUUUUUAUUACGUCUGUAGAGCAACAAAACCAUGCUGAUAUAAUAAUCUUAGUCCUAUUGUUCUUAUUGCCUGACAAUAGAAUAUCUUCUGAAACAAUAGAAUGUCUAUAAAACAAUUUAU